CUCGGUGUUCAGAUUCGACAAAUUGUUGUCAGAAUUUCGGAGUUUACCUAAACUACAUAUUUGUUUACUGCAUUAAUUGUUUGUUUUAUGCGGAAAAAUGUUUAGUACGGUCUUAAAUAGUAAUAAGUGCCCCGAUCUGUGAACUGCCACUCUUCACGUGUAUUUACCGCCUUAUUAAAUCUUCAAUUUACAAUUGACCCGGAAGCAGGAACUGGAACCCACUAUGGCUCAAAACACCACAGGUGGUGGCACUUCUUCACGAAAACAUCCUCGCGACAGUCACGAUACGGCCUCUGUGUCUUCGAGGAUCGGGGAUGUUUCAGAGUGGGAAGCUAAUGAGGCGUUGCGGCAACGAGAGUUAGAAGAAGCCAAAGGCAGAGCGGCCCAAAUGGAGAAAACCAUGCGAUGGUGGUCGGAUUGCACGGCCAACUGGAGAGAAAAGUGGUCAAAAGUGCGAAACGAACGUAACAAAGCUCGAGAAGAAUGUAAGCAGCUGCGAACCAAAUUGGAAACUUCCGUCAAAGAGGCGUCUGGCCACAAGCGCGAUAAAGAUGAGGUCGAAGCCCAAAACGAUCAGUUGAAGCGGGAGAUUGAAAAAAUUCAUCUUUUGCUGUUGAAGCAUGCGGGCCAGUUUGAUAGUCAGAUAUUUGAAGCUCUCGGUGAGGAUCCCUUGAAAGACUUUGCCUUUAGCAACGGGUCUCCAGUUAAAGAGGCCCCGUGCAAAGAGCUAAAGGGAAUCACCUCUCCAUCCAGAGAUUUAUUAAUUGACCGAGAGCGCCAGAAUGGAGUUUCUUCCAGCCAGAGCAAUCCGGAGUGCGACAGCACUGGACCUUUAGAGGCAGAAAUUAACGGCAGAACUAGUGAUAGUAAUUUAAGAUUGGACGACGAAGUCGAAAGUCUAAGAGGGGCAGUUCCUAAGAAGCUUUGUGACUUGGGCGCAAAAUCCUUGGCCAUCAUGGAUGAGGAGAAUGCCUUGCAGCAAAUUUCAAUGCUCCAGUUGAAAUUGGAGGAGGCCUCCAAAACGAUAACCAUUGAAAGAGAGGAAAAAGACUCGUUGCAUAGAAUCCUUGACCGGAUAUCAGCGGAGUUGCAUGAAGAAAAAGAGAAAUGUGACGAGCUCAGGGAAGCGAAGCAAGAAGUCAUGAGGCAGCUGCUUUGCUUGCAGGAUGAUCAUGAAAAGGAAAUCCUGAUCAUCAAGUCAGAUUUGCUGGAAGAAUCCAGCAGCCGUGAAGGGAUGGACAAGAAACUCAACGAUCUAAGAGCCGAGCUUGAGCGACUUCAAGCAGAAAACGCAUCUGAGUGGGGCAAAAGAGAGCGAUUAGAAACGGAAAAGUUGAGCUUGGAGCGAGACAAUAAAAAGCUAAGAAACGAGCUGCGCGACAUGCAGGAAAGGCUGGAAAGAAAAGGCAGCAGAACGUUGAGUUCCUCCGAUAUAGAAAUUCGGCAACUCCAACAAGACAUUAGUGAUAAAAACAAAGAAAUCUCCGAGCUGAAACAUGCCCAAACUAAGCUGAAAAAAAUGCUGCAAGACAAAAUGACCGAACUGGCUCAUGCGGCUCGAAGAGCUGAACAGUACGAAGCGGAGGUGAAGAAACUCAGAAUUCGGGUGGAGGAUUUGAAGAAGGAUCUGGCUGUGCUGGAAGACGAACUGGACACCACGCAGAAUCAUUCAAGAAAACUGCAGCGAGCAAACGAUGAGCUCCAGGAGCAAGUGGACAACUUCCAGGUCCAGCUGCAGCAUCUACAUACAAGUAUGGAGAAGGAGGAUGGUGGCGAGGAAAUGGCGAUUUUUGAUGACGAAAACGACUGCAUUGCGUAAUCACAAUUCUACCACAUUUUCUCAUAGAGGAACUGUUCUCGCUCAAUCCAGCAGCGAUGUUGAGGACGACCUAAGUGCAUUUUUGUAAAUAUGUUUUUUUGUUCUUUUUUCUUCAUUUUUUUUAAGUUACCCAAGUCAUUUUUAGGAAAGCUAUUUUUUUAACAUGGAAACUAACAUCUAAUUGAUAUAUGUAAUUUAUUUAGUUUAAGAUAUAAUAUAUUUUUAUAUGUUGCCUAUUUAUAUUUAAUUUGUAUCAGUGACCAGUGUGUUUUUUUUUCAGUUUGUCAUUUUAAUUACAGAGUGUAACGAUUGAAACUUAAAAGGUU